GCAAUAAUCGAUAUAUUAAAUCGAUUCUUUUCGUUCAAUUAAUUGAUUGAAUCGAUUUUUUGAGUGCAAGAUCGACUGCGUAAAAUUGUAUUUCUUGUUCUUUUAAUUUAAAAAAACUUUAUUUACGAAAAAUAGCGUCAUAAGAGUACUAAGUAGCCCUCGCAUGGUUUGUGCGCUCUGCGCCUCUGCGUCGUGUUCCACACGUUUCGUUAUGCACAAUGCACAUGCGCAAUUCGCAUUUAUAUUUUAUAUUAUCGUUAUUCUCGUUCUCUUUUUUAAUCUUCAAAAAAAUUAUCAUCGCUAGAGUCUUUGCAUGUUGUGCUUCGAACUUCGGUCAUCAUGACGUCGUGUGCACCUGCAGGUAAGAUUACCUUAUAUAUUUAAGUGCAUUUCUUCAUUUAAUUUAAAAACUUGCACGCGACAUACAGGUUAUGUUUUAGCGUGCCCGUGCACGCACAGGGCAGGUCGCCAGUCACCAGUUUGUCGAAGACUUAACACUUUUCAACAUUUUACGCUAUUGUAUGUAUAAUGAAAAACUGAAAAAAAUAUGUCAAGUGACUUGUCACUUUUCGAAUCCAGUUUGUGCAAUAUUUUUGGUAAUAUAUUUUUGCUUGAAUUUUUAGAAGAAACUUCGGCCAGGGUGUACUCGAUGUAUUUCCAAAUUAAUCGACAGGAUCCUUGGAAAGCUGACGGGAUCGACUUUGCGACGUACAUUAAAUUAAAACAUUCGAAAGUAUUUCCGAUUGAGUACGUCAAAGAUUUAUUGGACAAAACGGCAAUCUUGAACUAUGACGAAGACAUUGAGGUAUUGCGCCGGUCCAUCGAUGGCAUUGAUUAUGAGGUGAUUUUCGCAAAAGAUGAAGAUGUAGAUGAAGUGUCCUCGAUAGGCCCAGCAGAAACUAACAAGACGGCAUUGACAGCAAGCACCUCCGGAACCACUACUAUGGGUCCUGAUUCUCCAACUCCGAUUCCCUCAAUCGUCAUGGACAAGCACGCAUCAAAAGACGAAACACAGACUUUUCGUCAACGCAACGUAAAGACGAAAUUUCCUUUAGGACCGCGAUUCAAGCCGACUCAACCGAAGAAGAGCAGCGUCUGGACAUAUUUCGUCAAAACCCAGGACGGUGGUCAGUGCAAACUGUGCCAUAAAGAUGUCAAAUCUCGUGGAAAUACUACGAAUUUGACUAACCAUAUACUUAGGAAUCACAAAAACGACAAAACUCCAAAGCUGAUACGAGAAAAUACUCAGAGUUCAAUACAAAAAAAUAAUCUCGAAAUUGAUCCGGAUGAUCCCGUCGUCGCCACUGUUUCUACACAACGUGAUACGCAUUGCCAACCCAGGAUCGACACGAGCGUUUCUAGGAUAUCUUCGUUCAAAAAUGGAGGUUCCAAAGCUAGUGCAAUCACGAAUGCGUUGAUCUAUAUGAUCGCGAAAGAUGAUUUGCCCAUAAAUACAACCGAGAAAACCGGAUUCAAGUACUACAGCUCCGUUGCUACGCCGCUUUAUGACGUUCCCAAGCGCACCGCGAUAACCGCUGCUAUUGAUCGAAAAUAUGAAGUGCUUUCAGCGCUAAUGAAAGAAAAGUUUCUCCAGAUUGCCAACGUCACGCUUACUGCAGAUAUCUGGACGGAGACGAUGAAUACGCAAAGUUUUCUGGGAUGCACUGCCCAUUUCCUCGAUGAUGACAAACUUCUGACGGUAGCCUUGGACACGGUGGAAUUGAACGAGCGCCACACGAGUGCAUAUAUUCAGGGCACGUUUAAGUCAAUAUGCGAAACUUGGAACAUCGAGCUUGAAAAAGUCAGCGCUAUUGUCACGGAUAGUGGAGCGAACGUUUUAAAAGCGGCGUGCGAUACAUUCGGUUCGAACCGUCAUCUAGCGUGCUUUGCCCAUUCACUCAAUCUGGUGUUCACGAGAGUCAUCGAUGGAACUGAACCCCUGAAAGAGCUGAUCACAAAAAUUAAAGUCAUCGUCACAUACUUCAAGCAUUCAACGCCUGCUGCUGAUGAACUCCGCAAAUCUCAGGUUGAAUCUUCUCAACUGCGUUUGAUACAAAAUGUAUCGACUCGAUGGAACUCGACCUUUUACAUGCUUGAGAGGUUUCUGGUACUCAUUGAUCCGAUCAGUUCAAUUUUGCUCAAGCUACCAAAAUCGCCGCCGUUGUUGACAGCCGAUGAAAUUGCCACCGUUCGAGACACAGUGCGCGUACUGCAGCCAGCUGAAAUGGUAACGAAGGAUCUAAGCGGUCAAAACUACGUUACGACCAGCAAGAUUAUUCCAACGGUUUAUUGCCUAAAAAAGUCCAUCGAGGGAGUUAAGACGACAUCGGAAAUUGUAGAGAAUUUCAAAAAUGCGAUCCUUAAAGAGCUCGAUAAACGCUUCAAGGGGAUUGAACUGAACCCUCUCACUGCGAUUGCAAACAUACUCGACCCCAGACUCAAGCGAAUGUAUUUUUCGUCGGCAUUAUCGUGCGCUAAACUCAUCGAAAAAGUAAAUGUUCUCGUAAAGCAGUCCAAAUUGAAUAAACUCGGAGCUCAACAUCAACAGCCGGAAAAGCAUCUCGAGAAAGAGCGUGAGCGAAGUGGUAAUGACAAUGACGUUUGGAAAUUCCAUACGGAACUUGUAAAUCAACACAAGAAUUACGAUACAGAGACAAGCACCUCUGGGGGUCUCGAUGUGGAUCUUAAACAAUAUUUGGCUAACGAAACUAUUCCAUUGAACGCCGACCCCAUCAAAUAUUGGAUUGAUCGCAAAGAAAAUACUCCUGGAUUGGCUUCUAUAGCGCUGAAAUAUUUGUCUACCGUGGCGUCAUCUACACCGUGUGAGAGAUUGUUUUCUAUGGCCGGAAAUAUCGCAACUCCAAAUCGUAACAAGCUCAGCGGAAAACACCUAUCCCGAUUACUUUUUUUGAAAUCUUUAGAAUUCGAAAAAUGGCGCAUGUAGAUCUUGCGUUAUAACGAGCAUUCUCGUACGUUAGCGUCAUAUUUUUCCUUUAAUAUCAUAUCAUAAUAUAUCAUAAGUUAGCAGCGGAGCAUGUAAGUAUGCUUAUAACGAACCGGAUCGUUCGUUUGUGAUAUUAAUAUAAUUUUUUAUAUUUUAUUUCGCAAAGUCGUACAUGUAAACGUUGCUUGAUCCGUUUUUAAUACAAGUUUGCUUUUAAUCUUUUUAUUUCCUAAAAUGGCGUUUAGUUCCUGAAUUGUUGCCGUGAUGGAAGAUAUGAAUUUAAUUUUUCGUUAAUUUUGUAUUUAAUUUUCGUUUAACUGAAGCAAACAGAGGACACAUUUACGGUUGUAAUAAUACACAAAGAAUAAUUAUAUGCGUAAUAUUUAAUAUAUGCAAAAAAUUAUAAAAUGAUAAUGAAAAAGUUCCUAAUUUUUUUUUUAUUUUAAAAGAAGGAUUAAUAUUUUAUUUUUUGUUUCACGAAAGAAUCUUUGUGUACUCAACAGGUAAAAGAAAAAUCGAUAAAACAAUGUA